AAUAAUGUUAUACUUUAGUUAAAAAUUAGACGUCGUUAUGUGAGGUUUAGGUGUCAGUGUCGUUGGAUUUAAAAUAGUUAAAAUCAAAUAAUUUAGUUGCAAGUGUUACAUCUAACUUUAAAAGUGCUUUUAGCACAAAUAUAUAUUGUAGAAAUGGCAAGCAUAAAUUAUACGAAAACUCCUGAAACUCUUUAUGAGCAGUGCAUAAAUAAAUACGUUGCAAAUCUCAAUUAUACAGUUACAAUGUUAGAUAGUGUACAAAAAUUACGUUACCUGCCACCAGAAGUACUUAUCGAUAUUUAUGUGCGAAUGGCUGAUCGAGAGGAGGUUAAAGAUAUGUUAUUGGAACAACUUUCGGAUUUAAAUAUAUUUGAACGCGUCUUAAGAUUUGAUCCGGCGCGUCAAAAACUUUUUCAUUGCCUUUCUGCUCUAAUGAGUAGCAACAAAUUACUUGCAGAUAAUCUUCAAAGAAACUACAGGACACAUUAUCAAAGAAAAACUAAAUACUCAAGAAAUACAGAAGAUACUAUAACAUCGAAUGUAUCUAUAGAAAAUAAUUGCACUAAAGUCGAUACUGCUCAAGAGUGCGAUAAUUCAACGGAUGAUGUUCCUAAUAUUAUUGAACAGGCUGAUGAUUUAGAGGCCUGGAAUUUAAGUGAAACUCAUUUCGGAAUUGAGGCAAUAGAUUUUGGUUUGCGUUUAGGAUCGUUUUUAUCUGAAGCUGGUUGGCAAGCAGAAAGUAUUCAAGUAUUACAAAGUGUUGCAGCUAGACUAAGAGACAUUAAAGAAAUGGAUAACGAGAUGCGUGUUUUACGGUUAGACUGCUUACAAAGACUUUUACAUUCCGAAGCUGCUUUGUUCAACUUUAAAUCAGCCAGACGCACAUAUGCCGAAAUAGUUGACUUAUUGAAAGAAAUUAAAAUUGAAAGUAUACCAAAUUCAUUACUGGCUAACACGUAUACGCAGUUUUCUGCAAUGUACUUUGCACGUAGUGAAUAUGAUGAUAGCCACAUGUGGAGUGUAGUAGCUAUGCGUCAUUUAGAAGAAAAUACACCUGAAAGAAUCGCUAUCGAUGUUUUGCGUCAAGCAGCCAAAGCGUGUGUAGUUAAGCGGGACUUUCACCGUGCAAAUAUGUUAAUAUCACAAGCAACUCAUCGAGCAGGAAAAAUUUUCGGUUCGAAACAUCAAAAAUACGCAGAUGCUUUACUUGAUUAUGGAUUUUUUCUAUUAAACGUCGAUUCAGUUUAUCAAAGUGUUAAAGUAUAUAAAACAGCUUUAGAUAUUAAGAGAUUCAUUUUUGGUAGUCGGAACUUUCACGUUGCAAUUGCACAUGAAGAUCUUUCUUAUGCCUAUUAUGUGCAUGAGUACAGUACAGGCAAUUUCACCUGUUCACGUGAACAUGUUGAAAAGGCUGUAGAUAUUAUGAAAGAUCUGGUACCAAGUGAUCAUCUUAUGUUAGCGUCAGCCAAACGCGUGAAAGCAUUAUUACUUGAAGAAAUAGCACUGGAUAAAAUGGCUGAAGGAAUUGAUGAAGAUGGUUUAUUACAACAAUCAGAAGAGUUGCACAAAUUUGCGCUUCAAUUAUCACUUGAAGUUUUUGGAGAAAUGAAUGUGCAAACAGCAAAGCACUAUGGUAAUUUAGGACGUCUUUAUCAAACUAUGAGUCGAUAUCAGGAAGCAGAAAGUAUGCAUCAAAAAGCUAUUAAAAUUAAAACGGAUUUAUUGGGCCAAUAUGAUUAUGAAGUAGGACUUUCAAUAGGACAUCUCGCUUCGCUUUAUAAUUAUCAAAUGAAAAAAUAUCGUGAAGCCGAAGACUUGUAUUUACGCAGCAUUGAAAUAAGUUUACGACUGUUUGGCCAUUCAUAUUCGGGUUUAGAAUAUGAUUACUUAGGUCUUUGUCAUGUAUAUGAAACAUUAAGAGAAUUUGAAAAAUAUCUUAAAUAUGCAACAAUAUUAGAAAAUUGGCAAACACUUCGUGGCCAAAAUCCAAUUUUAAAUAAAUCGAAUUACCCAGCUAUUGAUAAUGAUUGUUCCCUGGAGGAAGUAAAAAAAGAGUUUUUUAACUUGAUGUGUCCAUAAGUUUUAACAAAUCCAACAGACAUAUACUACACUAAAAUUAAUAUGUAAGCAAAAUAUUUAGGUAAUUUUACAUUUUAGUAUAAUUUAUGCGAACUGCUUUAGUCUAAAUUACAUAUGUCCAAUCACACAAAGAAUCUGCAUCAAUAUUUAUAUACAUAGGUUUGAAGUAUAUACUGAACAAAAUGUGAUUUUUAAACUUA